AUGAGCUCGGAGUUGCCGGUGAUGGUGUCCAGAAACGUGCUCCUCGAGAUCCUGGCCAGACUGUACAACCCGUCGCAUGCCUUCAUCUUCCCGGCUACAAGGGCGUGCAAGUCUAAGCCCCUGACGUUUGACAUCAUCAUCUGGACCACGGCGUUAGUUGUCGUCCAUUCGAAGCCGACCGUUGUGGAUCACGAUGACAUCCGGGCUCAGCAUCUCGAUCAUUUCGUAGACCACCUUGCCGCUGGAGACAGUCCCGUAGAUCGAGCACGCUCUCAGCAGCAUAACUCGUUCUUAAAGCUCGCUCAGUCCAUCUACCUGGAUGGUACUCGCACUAGCGUUCAGAUCCGCGUUCUGACGCGCAGCGAGUUUUGUAGAGCUAUGCGCAGAAUCAUGCUGAGCAUGCUGCAUACACAACUGAAGUACAUAACCCAGCACACAUCCAAGAUGCAGCUCUCGGUGAGGGCCGAUAAGAACGGCGUCACGUACGUCGUGGACAGCUUCCCUGCGUGGGGUGGGGACUCGUUUGCAAUGUCAAACUAG